AUGGCCUCCUCUGCUUUCCCGCCUGCCCGCACUCGGCUACUGCGGCUGCUGCACCAGCUGCAGCCCGCGGCCGCUGCGGCUGCGACCACCUCGGCUGCCGCAGGCGAGGACGAGCCUGACUCGUUGAUGGCAGCUGUGAUCGCGGUUGGCGCGCAAGGUGCAGGCGCAGGAGCCAGGCCGCACACACUGCCCGCUGUGGGGCGGGUGGUGCUGGCGGCGGUCGGCGGUGGCGCGGCGCUGAGCCUGGCAGUGGGCGAGGCUGACGGCGCGGUCCUUGUAGCCGCCGACGACGGCAUCGGGUGGCAUGCGGCGCGAUCGAUGGGCGACUUGGCCGACAAUGCCUGGCGCGGAGUGCCCGAGCCAAGUGCGGCAGCGCUGGCGCUCGGCGGUGCGCUGGCGGAUGCGGUGACGAUUGUUGUCGGCCGUGCGGUGCUCCGAGCGGCGUCGGCGUCAGCAUCGCUGACAAGAGUCCACGCUGGGCUCACGCUCCGGAUUCUGGCCACAUACGCACUGGGCACAGCGCUGCAGCGGCAGAGCCCACGCAAGCUUGGUGCGCAGCAAGCAGUGGCGCUGCGGCUGGUGACAGCACAGCGAAUGGUGGGCCUAGCGGCCGAGGCGGCGUGGGAGGCGCCUGACGUGGCUGUCGGCCCGCUGCAGGCGCUAGGCACACUCGUUGCACAUCUCGCGCUUGGCCUCACCGGCAUGCCGCCGGGCGAGGCUGCGGCGCUGGCACACCUUGUCCGCGCCUCUGCGGCUGCGCCGAGCCAGUGGAUGGCGCCUGGCUCGGUUGUAGCGAGCCUCUCGCUGGCGUGGCGCAUGACGCAGCCGCUGACGGCGCGUCUCGCAUCGGCCCACCACAUCUGCGACGUCAGCUGGCAGUGGAGCACGCUCCGGCUGCGUCUCGAGCGAGUCCUACACACACUGGUCAAGCGAUGGCGGGCGCGAGUGGCGCGCUCGCCCGAGUCCGACGUCGCCUUUCACCACUACUGGGCCCGGCUCCGCGACCAUGCCCACGUCGUGGCUGCCGCCCUUGUCGAUGUCGCUACCUACGACGCGCUGCUCUGGCUACUGACCGAGACCGAGUCUUUGCCCGACGCCUCGCAAUCGCUCCUCCCUCACAUCGAGCUUGCGCUCCACGCCUGGUUCGCCUCGACCAUGGUCCAGAACUCGGGCUGGUACCUCGAGCACGGUCUGGCGUCGACGAGCAAGAUCCAAUCGGCCAGGCUUCUCCUCACCUCGACCUCGUACCGCGCCAUCCGCGUCAUCAACGAGCUGCUGGCCCACCCCGGCCUGGCACCGCCGGUCCGCAGCCCGCGUCGGUGA